GAAUUAGCAGUUGGGGACUGAGAAAAUCCAUACAGGAAGCAAAACAAAAGAGAAAUCUCAGGCCAUUGGGGCUGAGGACGCUGAGAGGGCGCUUCUGACAUAGAUGAAGCUGAUAAAGAAAAGUGCGAUCGCUGGGAGCUGGGACAGCCGCCCGCGGGAAGGGGGGCAGGCACCCGGAUCCGCCGGCCGCUCCUCCGUCCUCGGGAAAAGAGCCAGAAGGUGCAAUUAUGCAUAAAGCAACGGCAGGAGGAAUUAAAAAGCAGAUUUCAAGUCCCCCAUCCUGCUCGGGAUCCAGGGACACUGUGACCGCUCUGUCACGGCUGAAGCCCUCGCCCACGGUGUGGGACAACUCUGGGCCCUGUAUCCUGAUCCGCUCUGGCUGGACGUGGGCAGCAGCCUGCGCUGCCUUUUGCCACAAGAUAAUUUGGAAAAUUAUGAGAAACAGGGUUUGAGAUGGCAUCUGGCCCACUGCUGCCACCGCACAGGUCCCUUGGGUCCCAGCCCACGGAGCUGGGGGAAGACGUUGCCGAGCAGGAACAGAAAAGGGGGCAUUUUCUUUCCAAGCCUCCAAGAGCCCCACGCUCGGGCUCCCUCCCGACUCCCGGGGGGCUGUGGCGGACACCCCCAAAUCCACGGAGAAAACAUUCCAAAAGUCACAAAAAUACAUAUGUGUCAAAAUUAAAAAUAAAUCCACCCCGGGAGCGCGGCCGGGCUGUUUGUGCAGCUGGCUCCGCGGGCGCGGAUGCGAUAAGAUAAAGGCAGAAGCGGGGAGGGGCGGCGCGGAACUGCGCGGAGCCGGGCGCACCCGCGGAGCCGCCGGCGGGGCACGAACGGACUGACGGACGGACGGACAGACAGACACACACCUAGGGACAGUCAGGCGGGCGGACGGACGGACGGACGGACGGGGCGGCCUCUCCGCUCCGCCCCCGCGUAGCCUCCGCCCCCGGCCGCGCCGCUCCGCUUUACAUAACCCGUCCGGGGCCGGGGUCCGCGCCCCGCGCCUCCGCCCGGCGGAAAUGCGGAGCCGCCUGCCCCGGUUUCCUGCCUGAGCCGAGCCGUGCCGAGCCGAGCCGAGCCGUGCCGUGCCGUGCCGUGCCGUGCUGUGCUGAGCCGUGCGCCCCGUCCCGCCCGCCCCGUCCCGGGCGUUCCGCCGCUCCAUCAUGGGCGAGCGGCAGCCGGACGCCUUCUCCUGCAGCAGCCGGCAGGGAUGGAAGCCCCCCAGUCUCAACUAGUCCAUGAUGUGUCCAAGGAUGGGCUGGAUUCUCCACUCAGAGCAAAUUAAAGCCAUCAGAAGUCCUUCAUCUGACCUGCAGGAUGGCCAGGAUCUCCUCACGGGAACAUAUGAGGAAUAAAAUGUCAAUUCUGCCUUAAAGCCACUGGCUGCUGGAUUCCAGCUGCGUGGAACACAGCAGGCUGGAGCAGGGGGAAGGUCACCCAGCAGCAGGAACUCGCAUCCCUGUGGAUGUUGCCACUGAAACCUGGGGCUGAGUAGAGGAGCAGGAGGCUGCUGUGGUAACUCCAGCAUGGAUUCACCCGGGAUAGCUCUUUCCAUGUGGGAAGUGUGCCAGGCAGAAGCAGUGAGGUCGGCAUCGUGCCAGUGCUGGGAGGAGGAAGCGCUGGGGAGUAUUUCCCAUCGUCGGGUUGGAAAAGCACGUUGCUACUGGAGACGGCCUUCGGCUGCUUCCCACCGCGUGGCACAGACGAAGCCCGGCUUUUCCCGCGCCACAAACCUCUCCCGAAGCUGGUACGAAGCGAGCCUGAAAUCUUGGAAGCGCGGCCGCCUCGCUGGAGCCUCGGCAAUGAAUGGGCACUCGCUGCCGGCCGGCACGCCAGCGCAUCCCCGGGGCUGGCAUGAGUUCUGCGAGCUGCACGCCAUCAGCACCGCCAAGGAGCUGGCGCGGCACUACCUGCGCUUCGCCACCGAGCACCCGCACCAUGACCUCCUGGCCGCCGAGAACUUCUCGGUGCAGUUCACCGACCUCUUCCAGCAGUACUUCUGCCACGAGGUGAAGGAGGGCAUCGCCAUGAACCAGCUCCGCAUCCUGCCCGCCGGCCCGGCGCGGGAUUACCGGGACACGCACCGGCGGCACACCGACGCUUCCCUGGGCACGGUGGCCAACAAAGCCGAGGCGGAGCCCGGUGCCCGCCCCGAGCAGCCCGUCCGAGCCCCCGAGGCUGCUCCCUCUGGUCUACGCAAGUCCUGGAGCUCGGAGGAGCUGGCGGGGCCGGCGCGGAGGCCCUUCUCGCUCAGCCAGCUGCGCAGGAGCUGGCGCAGCCUCUUCCGACGCCGCUCCUCGGACGCGCUCCCCGGGGAUGGCGAUGGGGAGGCGGCGGAGGCGGCUCUCAAGCCGGGACUGGGGAAGCGCAUCCUGCCGUGGGGGCUGUCGCGGGAGCAGCCCCCCGAGGUGCGCAAGGAGGGGCUGCUCAAGUACGGGCUGCUGGAUGAGAAUUCCCUGGACAGCGGGACGCGCUGGCAGCGCUGCCGCCUGGUGCUGCGGCGAGCGGGGCCGCCCGACGCCGAGGAAUUCGUGCUGGAGCUCUUCGACCCGCCCAAGGGCUCCAAGCCGAAGCUGCUCGUCGCCUGCUCUGCCGUGCAGGAGGUGCGGAGGUGCACACGCCUCGAGAUGCCCGAUAACCUGCACACCUUUGUCCUCAAGGUCACCAAUGCCACCGACAUCCUGUUUGAGGCAGGGGAUGAGCAGCAGCUCAGCUGCUGGACGGCCGAGAUCCGGGAGUGUGUGCGCAGGGGCCUGGCUUCUCCCAUCCCCAGCAGGUCUGACACAGGUGACUCUGAGCUCCUGACGUGCCGACACCCCGACCCUACAGCCGCCAGCCCCGCCACCAGCACCGAUCCCGUCAGCCAAGGGGCGACUCCAGGGGGCCCGGGGGAGGCGGCGGGGCCGAAGAUGGAGCAGUUCCUCUCCUCCUGCCCCUGGUUCCACGGGCCCAUCUCCCGAGUGAAGGCGGCUCAGCUGGUGCAGCUGGGGGGGCUGGAGGGCCACGGCGUGUUCCUGGUGCGGCAGAGCGAGACGCGCCGCGGCGAGUACGUGCUCACCUUCAACUUCCAGGGCAGAGCGAAGCACCUGCGGCUGGCGCUGACGGAGCGGGGCCAGUGCCGGGUCCAGCACCUCCGCUUCUCCUCCAUCGUGGAGAUGCUGCAGCACUUCCACCGCUACCCCAUCCCUCUGGAAUGCGGCACCGCCUGCGACGUGCGGCUCUCCAGCUACGUCGUCGUCCUGCCCCAGGCACAAGCUCCCGGCUCCAGCACCACGGUCCCCCUCCCGCUGCCCUUUCCAGGCUGGAGCCCCGAGUUCGGCCUCAUCCCCACCAGCUCCUCCUGCCCUCACAACCCCGACGAGCCCCCCGGGGGUCCCCCAGCGGAGCAGAUCUUCCACCUGGUGCCGCCGCCGGCCGAGCUGGCGCAGAGCCUGCGCCCGGCCAGGGCCACCGCGGCCACCGCGGCCCGGCCCCGCGACUCGGACUAUGAGGUGGAGGCACCGGGCCGGGGCCACGUCCGUGCCAUCGACAACCAGUACACGCCGCUCUGACCAGCACGGCGCCGGCACUGGGAUGCACUUUCGGGUGGAGAAAUCCUGGAGACCUUCUGGGGGGAUCCAUCGAGAGAAAGAAUGUACCUGUUUCUUCCUUCUGGUUAGGGAUUAUUGUUGUAUUUUUUUGCAAGGAAGGGGGUAAUUUUUCACUCCUGUACGGGUGUGCUCCCUCUCGUUGGCCUGUUAAAGGGCCUCUUAUUGUUUUUUUUUUGUUGUUUUUAUCGAAGCUUUCUCGUUACUGUUUACACAACGCCGCUCGUGCCUGCGCCGGGCCCGGUGUCCUGCCUGUCCUGACAUGACAGAGCCCAGCCAAGGAACCAGGGGCUUGUGUUACACCCACGGAAUUGGAGGAAGUUAAAAAAAAACCCAGGAUAACAAGGAAAGAAUGAUUAUAAAUUCACUGCCAAGUUGCUGCUCCAGGCCUCAUCCUCCUACCCUGGCUGCUGAACCCACCAGCAAAGCCCGACCGAGCUGAGCUCCCACAAAAGGUGGUGAGCAGGGUUUGGGCUUUUUUUUUUUAGCUAAGGCAAAAACUGGCUUUUUCCUGCUUUUCCUUUUUAACCCAGCACAGCCGUGGUCACUCCCUGCGCCAGGCAGAGGGAUCCUCAUCCCGCUCUCCCGGCUGAUUGAGACUGAACACUAAUUGCUCCAUCCUUAGCCAAGGCACCAGCUGAGAACUAACACAGAGACUGACACAAACCUCUCCUGCUGGUGAGGGAGGGGUUUAUCCCUUUGUAUCCUGGUGAUGGAUGCGUUCUAUCCCGGUGAUGGAGGCUUUUUAUCCCUGUGGUGAAUGGGUUUUUAUCCCAGUGAUGGAACCGUUUUAUCCCAGUGAUUUUAGGCACAAAUCUAAAGUCAGUUUUCCCCUUAAAGAGACCCAUACUCUUGCUUGCCUUUUUGCCCCCAAAACACCGUGUCACCAGGAGCUUGGUGGCAUUUUAAGCUCCACAACAGCCUCUUGCAGGCGAUGGGGGUCCCUGGGGGCCAAAUUUGGGGUCACAAAUCCCUGGGUCUCAUCAUCCCCUGACCCCCAGCUGUCCCCAAACUCUGCUGCUGUUCCUGAGCCCCCUGGGCUGCUUCACCUGCCUGGGGCAGCCGUGAGAGAGGAAGCACUUCUGAGAAGCUGCCUUUAUUUUAGGAAAGAGGAAGGGCUGGAGCCGUUGCGCCACACAGGAGGGGAUGUUCACAGUAUUCAACUUCCAGAUUUCCCAGCACAGCCUUCCCUGGGAUUUCGGAUGCAAAACUUGCCUUGAGAUUGCCUUACAGAAAGCAUUUUUUAUUUCUAUUUUCCUUGAAAUUGCAAUACAGGUGGGAGCCCUCAGGAGCAUUAACAUUUAGCAAUUAAUUUGAAAACCAGCAAACACAAAGCCUCGUUGGGCUGAGUUAGGGAAUUCCACAAAAACCCAGCCUCUAGGACAGGCUUUGCAGGUUCUGGGUGAGCACAACUUCCAAGGAGACAGGGUCAGGAGCUGUUGGGCAAGGCCAAAAUAUCUGGGGCCAAACAGCCCAGGAAGCAGCCAUGAGAGCAAAUCUGGGUUUAUAAAUCUGAGUAUGAGGCUGAGACAAACGGGAACCAUCAACUGGAGAAACCAUUUAGGUUUUCCUUUUGUGCCUCCCCAUUGCUUGCUCUUGCUCUCUCCUGGGCUUUGUGCACUUAGAGCAGGCAAAGGCUUUUUUUUCCCCCUGCUUUCUCUACACUUGUGCCUGAAACUGGAGCAUUAAGAGCAAAUUGCACUGGUCCUGCAGCACUGCCAGCCCCGGAGAGGCUCUCGGAGGAACAAAGCCAGCCCUGUCCUCGCUGGGCUCCUCAGCUGUAUCCGCAUCCCAUUCUCCUCCCUGGAGCAGCACAAAGGCUGCAGCCAGAGGCAGGAGCACAUCCCCAGGGCUGGCUUGUGCCAGGCAAGGCAGCUCCCUCCGAGGCUCAUAAAUAACUCCCCGUGCUCUUGCAUUUAUAGGGAUGGGGAAGGGAAGGAGGGACAGCACAGCGCGAGUUGUUGUUUCCUUUCCUCGCUUGCUGCCCGCUUCCCAAAGCCUUGGAAAACACAGGGAUGUGCUAAAUCUUGCUCAGGUUGCUGGUUUUAGUCCCACUGGGCUCCAGGGAGUUGCUUUCAAAGGGGUUUUCCCCCAAAAGGCGAGGUGGAAUCACCCGAAUCUCCCGACAUCUGCAAAGAAAGGAUGGGCUGGGAAAAGGCAGCGCUAUUCACUUCCCCUGCCAGAUGAAUCCAGAGAAAUCCUUGCCAGAUAAAUCAGAUGCUGCUGGGGUGGGUUGUUUUGGCACGCCAGGACUUUAUUGUUCCAGUGCCAGAACUGAAACAUGCGUGUGCAUGUGGUAUUUUUAACCUGCAGUUUAAUUACAAGGGGGUUCUCCGCAGUUUAAAUGGAAAUUGCUGUGCUUGAUUAGUAAAAUACACGUUGGGUUCAUUAUCAGCCACUUCCCCCAUGCAAACAAACUCCAGUGGGGGAGAACUGUUCUCCCCACCAGUGGGAGAGUCCCUCUGAUUAUUUAACAGCUAAUUCCAUCCCCAAUCUCACCCACAGGCAGCUGAGGGCUGUCCAGCCCUGCCAGCUCCACCAGUUCCUCAUUUCAGAUCCACUGCAGCAGGACCUGAGGGGAUUUUUGGGCUAUUUCCCAAACUCCCAGGGGGAACUGAGUUUGAAAUCCCAUUUCUCCUAGAAAACAUCUGGCUGGUGACACAGGUCAGAGCACAGCUCUGCUCCUGCCAGCACGUUACUGCAGCCCUAAGGUACUCCUCUGCACUAUAGCAGUGGGCAAAGAGCAUUAAGCCAUUCCACCCUAUGGAAUAGAAGCAUUUUGCAGGAUUUUUUAUAUUCUUGUGAUUUGAGGGAAGAGCCCAGGGCUGGGCAGGUUUGGUUCUUCAGCCCCUGCGGGAUUUUACUGGCAUUUGUGGGGAUUUUGGGAGGAGGGGAAGCCAAAGGUAGGUGGCCCUCGGUGAGGUGUAGGCACCAGUUUGUGCCUUGGCCCUGGAGAUGGGCACGUGGAACACGAGUUUGGAUCCCACCCAAGGAAGCCAGGAGCCACAGGAGCAGCUCUUGGAGCUGGGCUGGAAGUCCUGCCCAAGGGCCUCCCCCAGGAGAGGCUGGGGAAGGGGAGCCCCAUUUCAUCCAGCUCCUCAGGACAGUUUUUAGCAAUAAAAAUGAAAACCAGGCAGUGCCUUUGCUCUGUGACAGCAGGGACUUGGUUUUAGGGCACAAUCCAAAACUUGGGUCCUGCCAGAAUUCCUCCCCCUCCUCUUCCUCUUGCUGUUUGCUGACAGCCACUCCUGCUUGGUGGCCUUUGUGUCCCCAAGGGUGUCAGGCUGUGAAGGAGCUCCUGACAUGAAGCAUUAGUGGAUGUCUCCCUCCCAGAUCCCAGCCCAGCAGGUACUGAACACUGACACCACCAUUCCUCACCCAUCCCUUUGGAUUGAAGCUAUUUUGGGGUGAAACUUCUAGGGAAAGAUCCAGGGAGAAGCCAAAGCUUCUCAUUUCUCAUCUGGACCACCAAACCCCGGUGUCAUCCAGCAUUCCAAACUUUUAGCUUUGAUCCAAACAGCCCCAACAUUCCCCAGCAGAUCCCAGAGGCAGGGAGGUGACUCUGUAUUCCCUAACUCAGCCUUUAGCAGGACGAUUAAAGCCAACAAUUUUGUUGGGAGUGUAUUAAUUUGAAAGUUCUACUUUUCACCUGCACAGAAAAGUUCUUCUUGUAUAGUAAUUUUUUUCUAUAUAUUGUUUCUGUAUGUACUGUACAAGUAACUUAUUCUUGAAUAAUGCAAUUUUACCAUAAUAUUAAAAAAAAAAAUCUGCUCUUAAUAAACUGUUUUUAGAACUUGUUUCUCA